UUAUUUUUCAUUUUAUAUAACUGAAUAUAUUAAUGUAUAAUAAUAUUUUAAAUUAAUUUCGAAAUUAGUGAAAAUAUUUAAAUAUAAUUUCGAAAAUGAAGAUCUUGUAAAAAUCUUUUCAAACAGAUUUGUUAGACUUUUAAAAUAAAUAUAUUUAUAUUUAAAAUGAAAAGAUAUCAAAAGAUAUUAUGAUUACAAUAUUUUAAAAAUUCUAUUUAUUAUUAUUCUGAAUUAAAAUGUAGUAUGAAUUUUUAUGAAUAGGUUCAUUAUGUCCAUUUUUAAAAAAAUCACACAUGAAUCAAGGUUGUGACUUAUGUUUUAAUAUAUAAGAUGAACUUAACAAAUAUAGAAUGAGGUUUACUCUAAGCAUGAGCUUUCGGGUACCCCUUCAAUUAUGGAUACUAUCCAUUCGAGUAUAGGAGUUUUUGGAUUUUGAAAAAUGGUACCAUUCGGUAUUACAAAAAAAAUGGGUCGGGUUCGAGUCGGAUCCUCCCGGAUCUAGGUGGGUUCGGGUUUUAUCCGAAGUAACCAACCUACUAUAUUCGAUUUGGGUAUCUUAUAUCUAAAUUACUCAAAUUCAUCUAAAAUAACUCAAAACCCCCAAAAAUACUCAAUUUAUAUAGCUCGAAUUGGUUAUUUUUUGUAUGAACGUAAUCAUAUACAUAAUGUCAUUUGAGUAUUCUUAUCAAAAACAUCUAUUUUAUCUAUAAAUACCUAAUAUAACUAACAUAUAGUAUGAUUUAUAUUUUAAAUUUUAGGUACUAAUACUAUUUUAAAUAUAUUUUUUAAUAAUAUUUUAUAUAUUAGUUAUUUUAGGUAUUUAUAGAUAAAAACAGAUGUUUUGAUAAAAAUACUCAAAUAACAUUAUGUAUAUGAUACUCAUUCGGUUCUCGGCGCAGGUCGGGUUCGUUUUCGGUUUUUUUGGUUUUUUUUAAAUGGUCUCAUUCAAAUAUUUAGACAGGAUCCGAUCGGAUCGGGUACUCUAUUUUUUGAGUUGGUUCGGGUAUGGAUAUUACGCCCAAUCCUAGUUUACUCGAUAUUUUAUUAUAGAAAAACACAUUACAAUCAAACUCAUGUAUAUUUCAAGUUAAUCUGUUUAUGAGUAUAAAUAUAGAGGUGAGUUAAAAUCUAUAAAUUUAUAAUUUGUCAAAUUAGUUUUUCAAAUAUGCAUACUAUAUAGCAUAUACUUAUGUAUAGGAUAAUUUAGCACAUUAUAACAACGAAAAUGCAAACGGAUUUUCUUAAAUUUCAUAGCAGGAAAUAUAGUCGUUAAUGGUAGAAGAAAAAAGUUAAUAGUAUAAAAAAAAAUAUAUAUAUAUAUAUAUAUAUGGCAACGUUUUUUACAGUGGUUAUAUUUUAUUUAAUACCUGCACCAAUUUUCCCCAUCUUUGACCUACUCUGCUACCUGCACUUCAUUAACACAUCAACACCCUCUCCUCUCUCAAUACCCAAACAACAAGAAGAUUAAAACCCCAUAAAACCCAUUUACUUAUUAGGCAUUGAAAAACACACAACAGACACAAAUCCUUUCCUUUUCUCUCACGCCUUCUAUCUCUCUCUCUAUAGCAUUUAAACCUCAUCUUAUAAUUUCCAACUUCGUUUCUUGGUUUUGCCCGAGAAACAAUCAAGAAAAGACACUAAAACAGAACACUUCUUUAGUUGCAUGUGAUCGACAGAAAAAAUAUAAAGACAUCUUUCUUUCUUCUUCUUUUUAUUGCCUAGUCAAACAUGAGCUCUUGUUUAGAAGAAAAGCAUAGUAGAAUCUUCGUUACCGGUCCAAUCAUCGUCGGUGCCGGUCCGUCCGGUUUAUCCGUAGCGGCUUGUUUAUCAAACCGAGGCGUGCCAUCGGUUAUACUCGAGAGAACCGAUUGCUUAGCUUCUUUAUGGCAAAAACGUACCUACGACCGUCUUAAGCUCCAUCUCCCUAAACACUUCUGCGAGCUUCCUCUUAUGAAGUUCCCUAGAAACUUCCCAAGAUACCCAUCCAAGCAACAAUUCAUCUCCUACGUUGAGUCUUAUGCUGCCCGGUUUAAUAUCAAACCGGUAUUUAACCAAACCGUAGAGAAAGCCGAGUUCGAUGUCGCCCCUGGUCUAUGGACGGUGAAGACGCAAGACGCUGUGUACUCAUCCACAUGGCUCGUGGUGGCAACAGGGGAAAACGCUGAACCGGUGAUACCGGAUAUACCCGGUUUGAAGAAGUUUACUGGACCGGUUGUUCACACUAGUGCGUACAAGUCCGGUUCAGAGUUUGCAAACAGGAAGGUUUUGGUGGUUGGUUGUGGAAAUUCCGGAAUGGAGGUGUGCUUGGAUCUUUGUAGAUACAAUUCUCUGCCUCAUAUGGUUGUUAGAAACUCUGUACAUGUAUUACCAAGAGAUUUUUUUGGUCUAUCGAGUUUUGGAAUAGCAAUGACACUACUGAAGUGGUUUCCUCUAAAGCUGGUGGACAAUUUGCUUCUGCUUCUUGCUUAUCUUUCGUUGGGCAAUACCGACCGGUUAGGCCUCCGACGACCUAAAACCGGACCUAUUGAGCUUAAGAACGUCACAGGAAAAACUCCGGUUCUUGAUGUCGGCGCCAUAUCUUUGAUACAAUCCGGUCAAAUUAGAGUGAUGCAAGCAGUGAAAGAAAUAACCAAGAAAGGAGCAAAGUUUGUGAACGGGCAAGAAAUGGAGUUCGACUCGAUAAUUCUAGCGACCGGGUACAAGAGUAAUGUCCCCUACUGGCUCAAGGACAAUAGUUUCUUCACAAAGGAAGGGAUGCCGAAAACGCCAUUUCCAAACGGAUGGAAAGGAGAGAAUGGGCUUUACACGGUGGGUUUCACGAGAAGAGGGCUCUUGGGAACGGCUUUUGAUGCCGUUAAGAUCGCGGAGGAUAUAACUGACCACUGGAUGAAAAUGAAUGGUCCGUUGAGUAGCAGUAAUGUUUGUAGUUCCCAUAUUAUUCACUUUGACUUCAAUAAAUCAUAGAUUUCUUUUUUCCUUGUACUCCUUUUUCUUAAAAUAAAAUUGCAAUUUUUUAUGACACAUCUAUAUUUAUUUUCAACGACCAUAUUUACUGACUUUUUGAAUUUUAUUCUAUAAAUAAAAAGCUUUGGACUUUCAUAAUAUGUAUUUUGUGCUUCUGUUUUUUUCGGACAACAAUGAUUCCAAAAUAGACUCUAUAAUAUAGUUGUAAUAUAUUCUGAUGAUAUUUUAUUUUAGAGUGAAAAAUAGAGUGAUGAACAAACAAAAAAACAAUUUACUCUAUAUAUAGAGUAACUUAUUUUUUACUCUAUUAUAAAAUGAAAAAUAGAGUAUCAUUUAAGCAUUUUUACACUAAAUUCUAUUUUAUAAUGAAAAAUAAAAUGAAGUUAGAGAUGCCUUAGGGCAUCUCCAACCCUACUCCAUUUUCAACUCCAAACAUCAUUAUGGAGUAAAAUCUUCUCCAACCCCACUCCAUUUUGGAGUUGAAAAUGGAGUAAUGGCUAGGGUUACUCCAUUUAUGGAGUAAUCUUACUCAUUACUCCAUUUUGGAGUUGGACUUUUUUUUUUUAUAAAAUGGUCCUUUAAAUCUUUAAUGUUUCUAUUUUUUACUUAAAUAAUAUUUAAAAUGAUACAAUAACAUGAAAAUAGUAUAUUCCACAAAAGAUUAUUUAAUAAUUUUAAAUAAAUGUAUAAAAUAACAGAAAACAUAAAUAAUUAAAAUAAAAAUAAAAAUAACAUAAAAUAAGUAAUUUAAUAAUCUGGAAAAUCCAUUCCGGAUCCGCUAAGGUCGGUGAAAUAUUGCCCAAACGGAGAAGUCU